CUGAGCAUUUAAAUGUUGCGUAAGGCUAUGUAAAUGACAAAGAACAUUCUUCUGAAUUGGCACUUAAUCAUCACACAGCCGAAGAUGUAAAGAUUAACUCCAUAACAGAAACAGGACCAAGCAUUCCUCAAAUUCUUCAUAUGGUAUGCAGUGGGGGUGAUGGAAGCCCUGUUUCAAGUAAACGAACUGCACUUCAACAAUUAGUUGAUGCUUCUAUAUCAAAUGAUCAUUCUAUUUGGACCAAGUACUUCAAUCAGAUUUUGACAGUUGUGCUUGAGGUACUGGAUGAUUCAGAUUCCUCGGUCAAGGAGCUUGCUCUUUCACUGAUAGUUGAGAUGCUUAAAAAUCAGAAAGGCGACAUGGAGAAUUCUGUUGAGAUUGUAAUUGAGAAGCUGCUUCACGUUACUAAAGAUAUCAUUCCUAAGGUCUCCAAUGAAGCAGAGCACUGCUUGACCAUUGUUUUAUCUCAGUAUGAUCCAUUCCGAUGUUUAAGUGUCAUUGUCCCUCUGCUGGUUACUGAGGAUGAGAAAACACUUGUCAUUUGCAUAAAUUGCUUAACAAAGCUUGUAGGGCGGCUUUCUCAGGAGGAACUGAUGGCUCAGUUACCCUCGUUUCUGCCCGCUCUUUUUGAAGCCUUUGGUAACCAGAGUGCAGAUGUUCGUAAGACCGUUGUUUUCUGCCUUGUGGAUAUUUAUAUCAUGCUUGGGAAAGCAUUCUUGCCGUAUUUGCAAGGGCUUAACAGCACACAGUUGAAGUUGGUCACCAUUUAUGCUAAUCGAAUCUCACAAGCCAGGACAGGCAAAACAAUUGAUACCGUUCAAGAUUAGUGUUCAUUGGGAAGAAAACAAUUUGUGGAUUAUGGGUGUUGUCAAGUCAUUGUUGCGUAUUUUGUAUAUCUGCGUGCAUGAAUUUAGAUGUGGGUUUCAUCGUCUUUCCUUCUCAUUGGUUCUCUUUAAAUAUAUAGGUUUUUUGGUCUUUCCUUUUUCCCUGCCAAGGUUGGAAUUUGGAGAGUGCUGGUGUUGAAAUACGCGCAAAUUGUAAUCUACAUUGAGUAAACAUUAUUGAUUUUAGUAAAUGGUUUUUGAAAAAAGUCCAAUUGAUUCAGUUUAA